GUCGUCAUUCCACCUUUAUCGCGCUUACGUCAUAAAGAGGCGCCCAAAGUGCACGACACCGGUCGCGUGUUUAUGACGUGUCACAUCCUGUUUGGGUUCCAACGGUACAGUCAUGGCGGAGUUAAACCGCCAGCUUCAGGAGUACUUAGCGCAGUCUAAAAGCGGGGCGAAGACAAUCUCGCAGUCGAGCUCCAGCACUACCGUGAACAUCGAUGAAGCCGACAGUAAUGUACCGGGCAGCUGGUUCGGUCGCUGGUCGAGUCCGUUCUCAGGUCGCGGCGGCUCUUCCACAGGCCCGAGCUCGAGCAGCGGCUUUUCCUGGCCGUGGUCUGCGGAACCCGAUCCGUGUCUGCCGGGCAUCAGUCGGUCUCAGCGGCUGGUCGCGUUCGGGGUGUGUCUCAUGUUCUCGGCGCUGUGUUUCGGACUCUCGGCGGUGUACGCCCCGCUGCUGCUGCUCAAAGCGCGGAAGUUCGCUCUGCUCUGGUCGCUCGGCUCGCUGUUCGCGCUGACCGGCGCCGCCAUCCUGCGCGGCCCGAGCCGCAUGAUCGCCGCCCCGUCCCCGGGGGCCGUGCUGUACCUGUGCGCGCUGGGGGCGACGCUGUACGCCGCGCUGGGGCUCCACAGCACCACGCUCACGGCGCUCGGGGCCCUCGUACAGAUCGGCGCUAUCGUGGGCUACCUGGUGUCUCUGGUGCCCGGCGGCACCGCGGGGAUGAGGUUCGUCGGAGGGAUGGCUGCAUCGGCCAUCAAAAGGACGGUGACGGGAAAAACCAUGCCCAUAUGAGCGCGCACACACACACACACACACACACACUUACAGGACUAAAUAAUACACUAAUGUGCAGGAGGAGUGUGUGUUCAUUAUAAGUUGGUGUAAUUAAUAUUAUUGAGCAGGUCGGUGUUUCUGAUCCGAUGGAAACGAGUUCAGAUUGUUUGACUGUGAAUCAAGGACCAAAGCAGAACUUAUUGCACAUCAAAGUGAUUUUGUAACUUUGUAAAUAGUCUUGGAGAUUUGCUCUGAAUGAAUAAAACUGAGGGAAAGUAUGUACA